AUACCGGCUCUCGCUGGUGAAGGAAGGCGGAAGCAGGAGGUCGGAAGCGGGGAUCAGCUGAUCUGGCUGUCCCCAGGUAGUGCCGGGGAGAGAAGAAGCCGAAAUCUGCAGCGGAGGGAGGAUUAGUCCCUGGAUUGAUGGAGCUGCUGACUCGGAGCGUUGUCUGACUAUGUGCACCUGAAAGGGGAGGAGCACACAGGCCCCGGUGUACCUGUCCCAGCCACACGGGGGCAGUCACCUUACUGCAGGGGACAGCAGCAGGGGGUCUUUUGUUUAGGGAGAAGCAUCUGACAACAAUUCUGCUUUGGGGAUCCCGAGACAUCCCCUCCAGCCCUGGCCGGUGCUGCAUCCUCCUGCCUGUGUACACCAGUGUCUAGCCAGAGGGGGGGGGAACAAAAGGCAGAGAACAAAGAGAGGACUAGGGGAGAGCUUCCUCCAACCUGGAAGCAGCCUCCAACCUGGAUAUCACAGGGCCCUGGUAGGACAGAUCACCCCUUCCCAGGACAUUAAGCAGUCUGGACCCCAGGAAGCAGAAAGGGAACAGGUCAUAGAUGGACAAAUAGUUAUCCCCUAUAACAAGACAUUUAUGUAAAGCAAACCUGCCAGGAGAGGAGCAUUCCCAGGUCAGUGGAUGCUCAAAUUCAGACUGUGAGAACAGGAGUAAUCCCUCUGCAGUAACACAGUGAACCGCUGGAAUUGAAACCUCUGCAGAAUAAUCCCCCCCACCAACACCACCACCACCAAAGUGGCAGUGUCCUUUUUCUUUUUAAUAAGAUCUGAUAUUUCCAUCUAUUAUAUUUUCUUUUUGUUCUGAUGGACACAUCUGGUUAAGUGGAAUUAUACAAAGUUAUCAGAAUUCUUGCCGUGGGAAAGUUUGGUGUUAAUGCCGACACGCUGAAUGGAGAUUGGAAUUUAGAUGAUAUUUUAACCAUCAUUUUUCACGCCAGUUACAAUAAUAGAAUUUGGAUACUAAAGUAUGCGGCCUUUAGGGUAUAUUGACACAAACUCUGGGAAAUGUAACUUAUUCUGGCUAGUGUCUUGUGUUUCAUCUUGUAAAGGUUCUAUUAUUGGAUAAUUGAUAUAUUUUUCAUAUGAAUCAGAAACGGAUGGGCAUAAAAGCAGAGUAGAUUUAGCAGUAUAUUUUUAUUGGAAAAGGAGUAGUUAUUACAAAAAGCACAACAAAUUGUAAUAGUUAUGUUUUGGGGAGAGUUGGUGAAGUAAGCCGGCGCUUGGAUUUUACAUCAAAACUUUUUUUCUCUUACUCAAGCAAGAAUUUGUUGAAGAAAAGCAUUUUUUUUUUUUUUUUUUUAGAUACAUUCAUCAAACAUAAGACUAGUUGAAUAUAUUAAUUAUCUUGGUGUAACACACUUGGUUCCUGUUAAGUGUCCACAAGUUACUCCUGAUUUAAACCCUUAGAUGUGAUGGAGCUCAUGUUUGCAGAGUGGGAGGAUGGGGAAAGGUUUUCCUUUGAAGAUUCGGAUCGUUUUGAGGAGGACUCUUUAUGUUCCUUCAUCUCAGAGGCAGAAAGUCUCUGCCAGAAUUGGAGAGGAUGGCGCAAACAAUCAGCAGGACCCAAUUCUCCCACAGUGAAAAUGAAAGAUGGCCUUGUGAAUCCACUAGUGGAACUGUCUGCGAAGCAGGUAGCAUUUCACAUUCCAUUUGAGGUGGUGGAGAAGGUUUAUCCGCCUGUGCCGGAGCAGCUACAGUUAAGAAUUGCAUUUUGGAGCUUCCCGGAGAAUGAGGAGGAUAUAAGGCUUUACUCCUGCUUGGCAAAUGGUAGCGCAGACGAGUUCCAGAGGGGAGAGCAGCUAUUUCGUAUGAGAGCCGUGAAGGACCCUCUACAGAUAGGCUUCCAUUUGAGCGCCACAGUGGUACCUCCGCAAAUGCUGUCCCCGAAAGGCGCCUACAAUGUGGCUGUGAUGUUUGACCGCUGUCGGAUCACGUCAUGCAGCUGUACCUGCGGAGCUGGAGCCAAGUGGUGCUCUCACGUCGUGGCCCUCUGUCUCUUUAGGAUACACAAUGCGUCAGCAGUCUGUUUGCGAGCCCCUGUUUCAGAAUCCUUGUCUCGGCUGCAGAGAGAUCAGCUACAAAAAUUUGCCCAAUAUCUCAUCAGUGAGCUGCCACAACAGAUUCUCCCCACUGCUCAACGUCUUCUGGAUGAACUGCUUUCUUCACAAUCAACUGCUAUUAACACAGUUUGCGGAGCCCCAGACCCCACAGCAGGACCUUCAGCCUCUGACCAGAGCACGUGGUACUUGGAUGAAUCCACUCUGAGUGAUAAUAUAAAGAAGACGCUCCAUAAGUUUUGUGGCCCUUCCCCUGUUGUUUUCAGUGAUGUAAACAGCAUGUACCUCUCAUCCACUGAGCCCCCCGCUGCAGCAGAGUGGGCCUGUCUGCUGCGCCCCUUGCGAGGAAGAGAACCUGAAGGUAUCUGGAACCUGUUGUCCAUUGUUCGGGAGAUGUUGAAGAGACGGGACACAAAUGCUGCCCCUUUACUAGAAAUACUCACCGACCAAUGUCUGACUUAUGAGCAGAUAACAGGCUGGUGGUACAAUGUGCGUACCUCAGCCUCUCACAGUAGUGCCAGUGGGCAUACCGGUCGCAGUAAUGGGCAGUCUGAAGUUGCUGCUCAUGCUUGUGCCAGCAUGUGUGAUGAAAUGGUCGUCCUCUGGAGGCUGGCAGUUUUAGACCCUACCAUCAGUCCUCAAAGACGCCGGGAUCUCUGUGCCCAGUUACGCCAGUGGCAGCUAAAAGUAAUUGAGAACGUGAAGAGGGGACAGCACAAAAAAUCUCUUGAUAAACUUUUCCAGGGCUUUAAACCAGCUGUGGAGGCGUGUUACUUCAACUGGGAGGAGGCUUACCCCAUUUCUGGAAUCACUUACUGCAGCACUGACAAGAAGAACUCUUUCUGCUGGGUCAAAGCCUUUCAACAGAGAAGCUGCCGACUACAGUGCACUGAAGCUGUAUGUGAAGGUGGACGUGCACAGGGGCAUGAGGGCUGCCUGCAUUUUGGAGAGAGGUCUCGUUCUUCUUUGCAGGAAAUGUCAGUACGUCCCAAAGAGCUUGUGGGCAAACGGAAAGUGGCAUCUGAAGUUCCUCAAAGAGUACUCAGGCGGCUUUCUACAGAGGGGGGAGAGAAAGCCAUGUAUAAAUCAACUGUAAAUAAGGCAAAGAUACCUGCAAGUAAAUGUCUGGCCAGCAAGCACAGUGGCAAGCGUCGUAUGAGCAGUGAAGACAGUUCACUGGAACCUGACAUGGCUGAAAUGAACCUUGAUGACAGUAGCUUGGCACUUGGAGCUGAAGCCAGUAACACAUUCAGCUUCAUUGAAUCUCCCCUGAGCAGAAGAUUUAGGGACAACUUUGAGGAUGAAGGAGGUGUUUAUUACGCAGAAGGCCUGGAACCUCCUGUUGUUGGUCCAGCAGUGCCUAAGCCUGACGCUGAUACGAUUGUGGAAGCGGUGACUGCUCCUGGAAGUGCAGAAGAGGAUCCAAUUGUUGCAGAUGAUGAUGGUGGGAAAAGUCUCAAGCCAGAAGAAGUGGCAGAAAAUGGAGCAGUGGGUGGGGGUAAAGGGGAAAACAAAACUGCAGAGGAAAGCGAGAGUCGUGAAAAGGGUGAGGAAGAAGAUGACUAUCAGGCAUACUAUGUAAACCCACAGGAGGCAACCAAGAAUGAAGAUGAGAAAGCAGAAGAGCAGGAUAUAUUUGCAGGAAUAAAACCUCUGGAUCAGGAGAACAGGAUGGAGGUGCUGUUUGCCUGUGCAGAGGCACUGUACGCACAUGGAUAUAGUAGUGAAGCUUGUAGUCUAACCGUGGAGCUAGCCCAGGAUCUAUUGGCUAACCCCCCUGACCUUAAGGUGGAGCAGCCACCAACAAAGGGUAAAAAGAACAAAGUUUCGACAAGUAAGCAGACGUGGAUAGCGACAAACACACUGUCCAAAGCGGCUUUCCUCCUGACUGUGCUGAGUGAGCGGCAGGAGCUCCAUAACCUGGCAUUCUGCAUCGGCAUGUUUGCUCUGGAACUACAGAGACCUCCAGCUUCCACCAAGGCUUUAGAGGUGAAGCUGGCUUACCAAGAGUCUGAGAUUGUGUCCCUUCUAAAGAAGAUUCCCUUGGACUGCAAUGAAAUGAACACUAUCCGGGGGCGAGCGAAGGAGCUGCGAGAUGGCACUUUGUGCGAUUACCGGCCAGUCCUUCCUCUUAUGCUGGCCAGUUUUAUUUUUGAUGUCUUGUGUACUCCAGUGGUAUCCCCAACAGGUUCUCGUCCUCCAAGUCGUAACCGUAACAACGAGAUGCCUGGGGAUGAAGAGCUGGGAUUUGAGGCAGCUGUUGCUGCAUUAGGCAUGAAGACGACAGUCAGUGAAGCAGAGCAUCCUUUACUUUGUGAGGGGACAAGAAGAGAGAAAGGAGAUUUGGCGCUAGCUCUAAUGAUUACCUACAAAGAUGAUCAGUCUAAGUUAAAAAAGAUAUUGGACAAGCUGCUGGAUCGGGAAAGUCAAACUCACAAGCCACAAACGCUGAGCUCCUUCUAUUCUUCCAGUAAACCGACGACAACCAAUCAAAAGUCUCCUUCCAAACAUGCCUCACAGUCCACUGCAGCCAUACUAGUAUCAGGUAGCCCGGCCACUCACCAGCAGCCUGGUGUGACCACUGGAGUCCAUGGUGGGAUCACCGAAAACUUUCCAGAGAAGAACACUCAGGACGGCUCCCAGAAAUCGAGCAGUGAAACCGCAGGCGAAGUACAAGUUUACAAACAGGAAGGGAAAGUUCCAAGCCGGCUAGCUCUAGGAAACAGAGGAGGAUAUAACGGGAGAUGUUGGGGUUCACCAGUGCGACAGAAAAAGAAACAUACAGGAAUGGCCAGCAUUGAUAGCAGCGCACCAGAGACAACAUCGGACAGUUCCCCAACCCUUAGUCGCCGACCAUUACGUGGAGGUUGGGGAGCUACACCUUGGGGACGGGGACAGGAUAGUGACAGCAUCAGUAGCUCCUCCAGUGAUUCGCUGGGAUCAUCCUCUUCUAGUGGCAGUAGGAGGGCAAACGGUGGAGCCAGGGCCAAGACGGUGGAGGUGGGAAGAUACAAAGGACGUCGCUUGGAAAGCCAUGCUCCCCAUGUUCCUAAUCAGCCCUCAGAAGCGGCUGCCCACUUCUAUUUUGAACUGGCUAAGACUGUUCUAAUUAAGGCUGGAGGGAACAGCAGCACUUCCAUUUUUACACAUCCAUCCUCCAGCGGUGGACACCAAGGGCCCCAUCGCAACUUGCACCUUUGUGCCUUUGAAAUAGGCCUCUAUGCCCUCGGCCUACACAACUUUGUGUCACCAAACUGGUUGUCUAGAACCUACUCUUCACACGUCUCCUGGAUAACUGGGCAGGCCAUGGAGAUUGGCAGUGCAGCGCUAAAUAUUCUUGUGGAGUGCUGGGACGGACAUCUCACUCCACCGGAAGUAGCCUCAUUGGCAGACAGGGCUUCCAGGGCUAGAGAUUCUAACAUGGUCCGAGCAGCAGCUGAACUGGCAUUGAGCUGCCUCCCUCACGCCCACGCUCUGAACCCCAAUGAGAUCCAGCGGGCCCUGGUACAGUGCAAGGAGCAGGACAACCUGAUGCUGGAGAAGGCCUGCAUGGCGGUGGAAGAUGCAGCUAAGGGGGGAGGUGUUUACCCAGAGGUCUUGUUUGAAGUGGCUCAUCAGUGGUACUGGCUGUAUGAGCAGAUGGUGGGGGGAACCCCGGCGCAGAGAGAAGGAGCUACCGGCUGCAGUGCUGGAGGAGCACGUUCCAUUGUAGAAGCUGUGCGUGGACUUACUGACGGCAGGAUAAUCCCAGAUACCUCCACUGUGACUGUAGCAGCAGCAGUGACUGCUGCAACUGUGGUCCCGGUGAUAUCAGUCGGGUCGACGAUUUACCAGCAGCAUACUGCAAUGGCGCAUGCUCACACCCAAGGACUACACCCGUAUACCACCCUGCAAACGCAUAUACCUACUGUUUGUAAUCCACAGUACAUUGGGAUACCCCGCCAACAAAUCCCACAACCGACAGUCUUUCCCGUUCCCGGAACUUUGUACACACAGGGUGUCCAUCCAGCGUUCAUUGGAGCCCAGUAUCCUUACACCGUUACAACCCCAUCUAUAGCAGCUACAGCCGUGUCCUUCCCGGGGGCUCCAGUUCCCUCAAUGACCCAGAUUGCUGUCCAUCCUUACCAUACAGAGGCAGGACUGUCGCUGUCCUCUAAUGUAGCAAUAGGGAGCGUUCACACAGGAACAACGUUUCCAGCAAUCCCAGGAACCACCCUGACAACACUAAGCACCCAGCCCGCGUCCCUAGUCACAGGGGGAUUCCCUGCGGAGGACGAGCAGCACAGUCAGCCGGUCAGCCCUCAAGCUCUGCACUACCUCCACUCCGCCUAUCGAGUUGGGAUGCUGGCUUUAGAGAUGCUAGGUCGCAGAGCCCACAAUGACCACCCCAACAACUUCGCCCGAAGCCCCCCAUACACAGAGGACGUCAAGUGGCUGCUGAGUUUAGCUGCCAAGCUAGGUGUGAAUUAUGUACAUCAGUUCUGUGUCGGAGCAGCCAAAGGUGUGUUGAGCCCAUUUGUACUGCAGGAGAUCAUUAUGGAAGCAUUGCAGCGGCUAAACCCAGCCCACAUCCACAACCACCUGCGUACCCCGGCCUUCCAUCAGCUGGUGCAGCGCUGUCAGCAGUCCUACAUGCAGUACAUCCACCACCGUUUAAUACACCUUAAUCCUGCGGACUACGAUGACUUUGUAAACGCCAUCCGCAGCGCGAGGAGUGCAUUCUGCCUAACCCCUUUAGGAGCCAUGCAGUUCAAUGACAUUCUGCAGAAUCUGAAGCGGGGAAAACAGACCAAGGAGCUGUGGCAGAGGGUGUCCCUGGAAAUGGCCACUUACUCACCUUGACCUCACAAGAGACAGAGACAAGAUGAUUUUAUUUGUGGUUGUUAAACUUUCUGAGUGUAUAGCAUACGUCACAACUUCCAUCUGUAGGACUAUGGCCAAGCAGUGACUGAGGUGAGAUUCCACUGAAGGCUCUGGGCAAGUGGGAAGUAAGAACCAGCUUUGGGAUCUGCAUUGAUGUACCCGCAGUGAAGAAAUCCAUUGGCCUGCUUGCAACAAUAUGAACUAUUUGUACAAGGUUGGAUUUUUUUUUUUUUUUAACUAUAUAUACUUUUUAUUUAGUUAAUACAUUACAAACCACAGGUUUUCUGUGUCAUUCCUUAUAUUACAAUACACUUACUCAGCCCACCCCCUCUUCUGGCUUUGAUGUUAUUGGCUGGGACUCUGAACAAAGUCUGCCUAUAGAUUCUUGUGUUACGUAGAGUUAAGAUACAUUGUGUCUUCAUCAUGUGCCGUCUUAUGUAAAAUAUUUAUUUUAGUUUUGUGCACUUACUCCUGUAUGGAUUCACACUUUACCUUGUGAGGCUUGUCCCCUUCACACACACGCACCAUAAAAUGCCCAAAUGAAAACCACCCUUCUCCCAGCCAAUGUUCUUCUCAUCACAGACACUUCUCUGGCAUCCCUAAAAUCCUUGCCACAGAAGAAUGGUAUGUAUUUUUAUUCCCUAUAUAAUUGGGUUAAAGUUAUCAACCAACAGGGAUUUUCAUGAGUGUCCUGUGUCACCUGGAAGCAGAACCGUGUGCUUCAGUUUCCCUUUCAUGGUUUGCUGUCUUAUUUUUGUUUCCUAAUUAAAAAGGAAAAAACAUUCUGUACAGGCUUUUAUUUUUGUCCAGUGAGUAGCAACCUUGCAGAUAAGAGCAACCAUGGACUGACAAACUUGUGGUAGCCCCUCAGCCCCCACUCAGUAUUUCAUAUCUUACAAUAAAUGAUUUCCAAACAUUA